AUGGUAGUUAAAGCGAAGAAGCAGAGCGUGAAGGAGCAGACCGCGGCGGAGAGGGAGCGCAGCCCCGCGGCUCCGGGCAGAGGCAGGCGGGCGAGGGAGAGCAGAGCGCAGCCUCAGAGCAGCCUGAACGCGUGCAGAGCGGGCAGCCUCUCCGCGCUCCUCCGGAGCAGACUCGGCCUGGGUCCGGCUGCCUCCUUCAGGCUGCUCACCGUGUUCGCUCUCGCUGUCACUGCAGGAUUUCUCCACUGGCACCAUCUCUUCCAUCUGUUUGAAAAUGACAGACAUUUCUCUCACAUGUCAGCUCUGGAGAAGGAAAUGGCCUUCAGGACUGAGAUGGGUCUGUAUUACUCCUAUUUUAAAACCAUCAUCGAGGCUCCAACCUUCCUGAAUGGGCUUCAUCUGAUCAUGAACGACAGGCUGACUGAGUAUCCGCUGGUGAUCAACACCUUAAAGAGGUUCAACUUGUACCCAGAGGUGGUCCUGGCCAGCUGGUACCGCGUUUACUCCUCCAUAAUGGACUUCUUCAGAAUCCCCACCAAGAUGUGUUGGUCCAUCAACAGAGGGGAGGGGCUGGAGCCAGUGGAGAGCUGUGAAGGAUUGGGCGAUCCUGCUUACUUCUACAUCACGUUUGUUUUCCUGCUGAACGGAGUGAUGAUGAGCCUGUUCUACGUUUACGGAGCGUAUCUGAGUGGCAGCCGACUCGGCGGAGCCGUAACAGUUCUGUGUUUCUUUUUUAACCAUGGAGAGAGUACACGAGUCAUGUGGACCCCCCCGCUGAGAGAAAGCUUCUCCUACCCUUUCCUCGUCCUGCAGAUGCUCCUCCUCACCUACAUCCUCAGGAGCCGUAAGCCAAGCCGUAACGCCAUUCUGGCUCUCUGUGUGUCUAAUGUGGUCUUCAUGCUGCCGUGGCAGUUCGCUCAGUUCGUCCUACUGACGCAGGUGGCCUCUCUAUUCGUCUCCUAUGUUCUGGGCUACCUGAGUCCAGAUAAAAUGCAGACCAUCCUAACCACCCACAUGGUGGCUCUUGGAGUGUGUUUUGUCCUGAUGUUUGGGAACUCCAUGCUGCUCACCUCUUUCUAUGCCUCCUCUCUCAUCUCCAUCUGGGGAAUUAUCGCUCUCAGGGACCGGUUCCGAGAAACCUUCAGAGCUGGACUCAUCACAUGGGUCAUGCAGUGCCUGGCUUGGGUGGUUACCACGGUCAUUCUGAAGUUCAUGCUGGCUGUAGUGUUGGGGGCGUCGGACGAUGCUCACAUCAGCAGCCUGAUCAAGUCCAAAUUCACCAGCUACAAGGACUUUGAUACCAUGAUGUACACUUGCGCCGCUGAGUUCGACUUCAUGGAGGUGGAGACGGUUCUGCGCUACAUUAAAACACUGCUGCUGCCUGUCAACGUGCUGCUGGUCAGCAUUAUUGCUGGACGGACCUUAAAGGACGUUGUCUCAUUCCUCAGACAUCCGAGCCCUGCAGAACCUGAAAAUGAUAACGGCUCUGACCAGUCGGAGAAGUUGGUGAGGGGGGUGAUGGUGUAUCACAGUCUGCAGUUGUUGGCAUUUGCAGUUCUGGCUGUUCUCAUCAUGAGACUCAAACUGUUCCUCACUCCUCACAUGUGUCUGAUGGCGUCUCUGCUCUGCUCCAGACAGCUGUUCGGUUGGCUCGGUGAAAAGCUGAAGCAUCAGGCGGCCGUCCUUGCCAUCCUGUCCAUCAUGGCUGUUCAGGGUGUGACCAACCUGCAGUACCAAUGGGGUAUCAUGGGAGAGUUCAGUAACCUGCCUCAGGAGGAGCUGCUGGAGUGGAUAAAGGAGAACACACCACAGAGUGCGGUGUUUGCGGGUGCGAUGCCCACCAUGGCCAGUGUGAAGUUGUCAACUGGCAGAGCCAUCGUCAAUCACCCGCACUACGAGGACGCAGGACUGAGAGAGCGGACGAAGCUGGUGUAUGCGAUGUACAGCCGUAAGCCGGUGGAGGUGGUGAAGAGGAACCUCAUCAGUCUGCAGGUGGAUUACUUCAUCCUGGAGGACUCGUGGUGCACCAGACGCUCCAGGCCGGGGUGUAGCAUGCCGGAGAUCUGGGACGUGGAGGACCCUCAGAACGCGGGGAAGACCCCCCUCUGUAUGAUGAUGUCCAGAGAAACUCGGCCGCACUUCAGCACCGUUUUUUACAACAGCGUUUACAAAGUGCUUAAAGUCCCCAAAGCUGCGCGGCCGUCCAGAUAACAGCGUCGCGUUAGCAUCUCUCAGCAGACGCGAGCGCGUCUGAACGGCUACUGUUCUUUCAUAAAGCUCGUCUUCUGUGAGAGCCGUUAAUCCUCGGUGUGCGUUUGUUAUGGUACCUGUAGCAGGUGUUUCACUGAGCGCGCUGCUGACUGUGACUAUUGUUAUUAUUAUUGUUGUUAUUAUUAUUAUUAUUAUUAGCUGAAAGCUGACGACCGCUCCUGCUGCUGCUCUUCACCAGAUCAGGACAUUCAAAUCCUCCACUUUUUUAGCCCUUUUCCCGGAGUGGGAACGUGUUGGGAUACAGCUUUGUGUGGAAGCUCAUUCCCGACCAAGCAGAGGAAAAAUACCCUGCGACUCUCACAGCAGCAGCACGUCCAACUUUUCACUUCGUUUCUCAAAAUAAUGACUUUUCUUAAAAUGAUAAUUUCAGACUUAUUAUUUUCUUAAAACGUAGUCAUUCUUUAUUUGGACAAAGUGAGUCAGAAUCUUCAACAAAAGAGGUUACAUUUGGGUGAAUAAGUCAUUAUGUUAGAUGUUGACUGUGUUAAUGAGCUUCAGCUUCAGCUAAACCUAAUUAGCCUUAAUUUUGGAGGGAACACUGUUUAACCCGUUGUAGCAGGACACGCCCCUUUAAGGAGGAACAAAUGAUUUUAUGGUCAUUCGACUUUAAUGUAGUAGAAAUUAUGCAGAAUCUGGUCUCAGAGAGCAAGUUCACUCAGUUUGGGUCGAUGGUAUGUUGGUCACUCUGAGUGCGUGUGUUUUUAGGAAGUCUUUAGUUCUGCAUUAUUUCCGGAGCGUGUGAAGGUCAACGCUCAGCAUGGGGGUGAAGUUGAUUUCACAAUCGGUCACUUCCUGUCAGCGUUUGCCUCGUUUCCUGUACGCUACAACCGGAGGUGAAAAAGGACGAACAGCAGAAAAACUGCAGAAGUUCAGAAGAACAAACACACGCACACAGAGAUAGUGCCAGCUCUUUAGACUGCUGAGUCCAGAACGUCCUCCUGCAGCACGUUCACCAUCACAAACACUGCUUUCAGAGUUUCCACAUGUUCUAAACAAUCAAAAAGGAGCUGUUGCAGCCUCACUGCAUCAUUACUAUAAUCCAGUGUUCUAGAUAAGUAUCUGUGGAACGUGUCAUAGCCGUCAUUAUAAACAUUAUAAACUCAAAUUAUAAAAAAAAAAAAAAAAUUCAUAACACAUUACCAUCCACCUAAAAUGUUCCUUUAGUCUGUUGUUCUCUGAGCUGCUCAAGCACCGAUCUGGAGAACUUUAGGUUCCACUUUAGAAUAAGACUGACCCUAUAAAUGGUUUAAAAUGAGUUUAUUAUUAAUUAGCUCAAACACCUCAGUCAUCAAAAACAGUUCUAACACUAAUAAAACAUGCUGUAUGCCAAGUCAGCCCAUCACAACACUUCUGAAUCAGGUAGAGCAGGUAUGGCACACUGUGGGCGGAGCUACACUCCUAAUAAUGAUAGUUCUUCAAGGCUUCUUUAAUAAAGACUAUGAUUCUAUAUAGAACCACUCACACCCAAAGAGCCCUUUGCAUGAUUAAAGGGUUGUCUGUAUAGUGAAAUGGUUCUUCAGAUUAAUGGAGAAUGUGUUAUGGUUCUAUAUAGCACCAAAAGGGGCUCUGCUGUUGUUUUAAGCUAGACACCACAACAAAAGCAGAACCCUUUUUGGUUGUACAUUACUGUACACUACUUUUGGUUCUACACUGCUUUUGGUUCUACACAGUCUAUCACACUGAAGAACGAUUUCAUCAUGCAAAGAAUCAUUUAGGCAUGAUGUGCUUCUAAAUAGAUCCAUUACCUUUACUAAAGAACAGUUGAAGAAUCUUUUUUUUUUAAGAGUGUAGGAUCUCCAGGCCCACAGCUGAUGACAUCUGGUGUCAGCGAUCGCAGGUUCACUAUUUGGCGAACAGGUCACUGUUGCCCUUUUAUUUGUGUCGCGUUUUAAUAAGAAUUUUAAGCUGUUUAUGAUCCAACAACCAUUGAUAAACCAUUAAUAGCCUCAUUAUAAACCAUUUAUAAACCACUGUGUAAGUGUACAGAGGUUUAAAUAAAAAUAAUAUGGUACAAACGUUUUAUCCCGAAUGAACCAAACUGCUAAAAUGUUUUUAUCGUGCUGAUAUUAAAAAGAAAAACAUAUCCAAAUUAUUGAUCAUCAAAAGAAAAUCAGUCCUGAUACAUCUUCAUACAAAGGGUCAUCAUUUUGGACCAAUCAGAAGACGUUUUGUAGCAUUUUUUUCACCAUAAUGUAGCGGUUAUUCGUGAAUGGGGUGACUGUAAUGUAUGUUCGCUUAUGUUAGAUAACAGUCAGUUUUGUUGGUCAGUUCCUCAUUAGAUUUAAAGAUUAGCUGGAAUUUUUACAACUAUAAAUAGACAAAAACAAAAUCAGACGAGAUCAGAUUUCUGAGGUUCUGAACUAACAAUGCCUGAUUGGCUUUACGCUAACACACGGCAGAGUGGACACAAGCCAGACUGGCCUCAGGCUUCUCUGACCCAGUGCAUCAUGUGAAACCAUAAAAGUGCAUCAGGCUUUAAUGAUAAACGUGAUGUUCAGUGUAGAAAUUAAAUGGACCCGUUCAUUAUUCUUACCCACGAUGCAGUGCGCCUCGUCAUUAGUGUUACCUUUAUUAUUAACAACCUGAAACUUUAGAGAGGACAAAAAUAUUUUAUGUGGAAAUUUGAUUUUAAUUGUUUUUUACUGUUUAUUUUCAGUGAUCUUUAUGAAUAAAGUUGUUUGUAAUUUUGCAAA